CAACAAAUACGAUUCAAAAUGUGACAGCUUUUGCUAAAUUGCAUAAAAUUAAAAUACUUAACAAUGCCAUUUAAAUAACCAGUUUUAUAAUUAACAAUAUGCCAUUACAUUUACACACGUACUCAAAACUAUUGAAUAUGAGCGACAUGACAACUUAAAGUGAAAGUUGUGUUAAAGAUGUUCAACAUCUCGCAGCAAAUAUUAUCUCUUUUAAUUCCGGUUUUAAUUUAUUCUUGUUUUAUAACGACGAUUCUAACAUCGACUUUGCCUUUGAAGUCAUCCAAUGACAGAAAAUUGGAUUAUGAUAAAGCUGCAGUAAAUAUUGGUCCUGAUAGAACUUUUCAACAAGUGAAAGGUGAAAUCUCCAUAUGGACUGGGAAAAUAAAACCGAAUUCGAAAAAUGAUCCUACAAAACUGUUGAAAGACAUAUUCAAUUUGGCUGAUCUUAACAAAGAUGCAUUGUUGAGUAUACAAGAACUAGCACGAUAUAUUAAUGAUAGAGUUAAAGAGCAUAUCGAACAAGCUAUUGCAGGCAAUUCAGCAAUGUUCAUAGAAGUAGAUAAACAACCGCCUGACGGUUUAAUUACUUGGGAAGAGUAUCAUGCAUAUUUCCUCAAAAACCAUGGUUUAUCAGAUGGUUAUGUUAAUGAACAUGAUGAACGAAAGCAUAAAGGAUUAGACAGAGAAUUAAAAGAAGCGAUAAUGAGAGAUCGUGCAAUGUGGUCAGAGGCUGCAAGAAACGACCCUUAUAGUUUGACUUUGGAUGAAUUUCUAGCUUUUAAACAUCCUGAAUCUAGUGCUGCUAAUAUGCUAGGAAUAGUGGAUGAUUUACUUGAAAAGUUUGAUAGAGAUGGUGAUGACGUCCUGACUGAAGAUGAAUUUUCUACAUUUCCUGACUAUGAUUUUACUCCUCUAUUUGGUGACGAAACAACAGUAAAAAAGCAGUCAAAACAAGAAGAAUCAAACCGUAGAAAAGAAUUUGUGCAUUUAGUCGACAAAAACAGAGAUGGUAAGGCUGAUAGACAAGAACUAUUAAAAUACGUCGAUCCCAGACACCCCCGGCACAGUUUACAAGAAGCAGCAACCUUAAUGAGUUUAGCUGAUGCCAAUAAUGAUAACAAUUUAUCUCUCAGCGAGAUUUUGAAAAAGAUGGAGCUAUUUUUGGGUUCUAAAAUGGUCGGCACUGCUAAGAGCUUUCAUGAAGAUUUUUAAAUAAUAUUUGUGAUGUUAAAUGUUGCCAAGUUAAAAAUAAACAUGUAUUCACUUGCCAUAUCUAACCAGACAUGUUACCAGACAUCUUGCCGUUGAUAAAUGUUUGCAUGAUUGUAAAAUCCAUGAAUGAAAAACAUUGUUAAUUAAUAAUUUCUCCAUCUUUGCAAAAACAAGUAUUUUUAUAAAGUAAUUUUAAUUUCUAAAUUUUAAUCAAACCUGAAAUGAUAUUGGAGCUAGUCAAUUUAUAACAAAUCAAAAAUAGAAUAUUAAUAUA